GCUAGUCUGGACCACGGGCAGCUGGAGCCUCGGCGGAGCAGCUAUCCGCUUGGGAAGAGCUCGCCGCCGCCCCGAAGCCGCCAAGGCCAGCUUGGCGGCGUCGCUCGGGAAGUAGGGGGAGGCUGCAGGCGAGGGAAGGCGGCAAGUGCGUGCAGCAAGCCAGCCUGCGGCACGGCCCGGGAGCCUCGCAAGCUCUGCGCCCGCCCGCACUAGCCGCAGUUCGCGCCUUUCUUGGCCUGCGGGCGCCCGGCCUCUCCGCCUCUCUGCCCCCUUGGCUAGGGCAGCAGCGGUGGCUAGAGGAGCAGCAUGAAUCUGCGGCUGUGUGUGCAGGCGCUCCUGAUGCUCUGGCUCUCCCUGAUCGCCGUAUCUGGAGGGCCCCUGAUGCAGCCUUCUGCCGGGAAGGGGCUAAAAGAAGGCACUAUCCACCACCUGGUGCAACCCAGAGGGUCAAGGAAUGGACCAGGGCCCUGGCAGGGAGGUCGGAGAAAAUUCCGCCGCCAGCGGCCACGUCUCUCCCAUAAGGGCCCCAUGCCUUUCUGAAGCAGGACUAAAGGGACCCUCAAGUGCCCAUUCCCUGCACUUCUCUCUACUCCAUAGAUGGGUCUGCUUCUCUGGAGCCCUCACAUCCAUUCGCCUCUCAUCCUGCACCCAUCCUAGCUGCUGAUGGUCCCAGCUCUUUUCGCCUCACCCCCUAGCCUCUCUGAAUGGUGUGGUCUUGCCUCUAGUUCGAUGAUUCCCUUUUUCUCCCAAGGAUCCAUUCAGCCACUCUUCCUGGCCCUUCCCCGGACUGACUUUGGAGACUAAGAACUGGAGACCCUGGCCCUUCCACUGCUCUAGUCUCCAUCUUUCCCACCUAAUACCCCAACCCUUCAUCCAGCCAUCCCUUCCUCAGGUUUACCCUGGAGGCUAUAUAGAAACACUCCCUUCUUCGAUGGGCUCCAGUGGAUCCCAGGUUUUUGUACCAGUUGGACUCUUCAGCUGGCAUCCAGAGAGGAGUACAAAGAUGAGCAAUGAGAGACUAGUUAGAGACUGGGCCGUUGGGAAUGCAAACAAGUUGCCUUGAGGGACAUUGGAGUUGGGGGUUGACAGUCUGACAGGGAAGGAUUGAAGCAUUAGAAAAGAGGAAGAAUAGCUGUAUGGCUUCUUUUUCAUUCCCAUGUUUGUCCUGGUUAAGGAAGAGGUGAAGGAGAGGGGCCAUGAAGUACUUUCUCACUUCUGUCAUUUUACUGUGUCUUCUAACACUCCCCCCAGUCUCACUUCCCCCAGUUUACUCUGCCCCCUUCCCCUGGUAGUUCAAGCUUUAUCUCAGGAUGGGAGGGCACUGGGCCUGAGGUGGCUCUAUACCCUCCUAUAGGGAAAAGCCAAGCAGGAGUAGUGCUUUUGCCAAGAAUCACUAACUCUCAGAGCCAAAAGGAACCUUGGAGAUCACUUAGGCUCUCCAUUCUUAUGCAAACUCCCACAAAAACAGAGGCCUAAUGAGGGACAGUGACCUGCUCAAGGUUAUUGCAGAGCUGGAAUGAGGACCCAGUUCUCCCAACUCCAACUUGAUGAUGUCCUCUUCCCUUCUGAUGUCUUUUCAAAAUACGUUAAGUGACUUUUCUUGGGUUUGAGACUAGGGGCAGCAGAGAGGGAAGAGACAAGCGGGCUGUGAAUUGCCCAGGGGUAGGGAUGGCAUGGGGAAGGAGCUGCUCCUGCCUCCCUGGCCUGCCCCUGCUGGUUCAUUCCCCAACCUAGGCUGAAAAGUUCCUUAACUGGCUAGCUGACUCCAUUCCUUCAACAUUUUUAGACUCAUGGUAUUUUCAUAGGAGCAGCUAGGCAUCAAGACUGCAAUUCCAACCCCAACACUGGUUCUCAGGAGCCCAGAGGUGGCCUUAAGUAAUUGGAUUCAAUAGCCUUUCUUUCACGUUGACUGGAUCUUCUUUCCCAGUGGCCUCCCCAUGAGAGAGGGGAAGGAGGUGAAGAAGAAAGAAAAGAAAAAGAAAAGGAAGAAGGAAGGAAGGAAGGAAGGAAGGAA